GGUUAACGACAGAAACAUAUAUAGAGCACCGGUUCCUAGGCAACAGGCCAUGGCUAUCUCCAAAACGCUAAUUGGUCCCCUUCUCAUUUCUCUUCUCCUUGUCCUCCUUGAUGAAUCUUAUCAAAAGGUGAUCACAAGCGAGGUUGAGAGCCCUUCUUCACAAAAAAUAGAUUGUGAAGGUGCUUGUGAGGUGAGGUGUCAAUUGUCGUCUAGGCCUCGGCUAUGCAAGAGGGCAUGUGGGACGUGCUGUGCCCGUUGCGACUGCGUCCCUCCAGGCACUUCUGGUAACUAUGAUGCGUGUCCCUGCUAUGCCAAUAUGACUACACAUGGCGGCAGGCGCAAAUGCCCUUAAAGCUUCCUGCCCUUAAUUGGCUUAGUGUUCUGCUUGAUAUCUCUCAUAACCUGGAGGUUGUAUAAGUAUCAUGUGUUGUGUAAAGAGAAAAAAGGACACAAAUAACAUACGGUUAUUACUUGUA